CAGCACAGCAGGCAGGGUUGGAGGUUCAGUCUCAGUCAGCCGAGGAGGGGGCACUGUUGUCAUUCACCACGGCUGUGUGUCAAGCUGUUGUCUAGGAGAAAUGGCCGGGAUUAAAGCUCUCAUCAGCCUGUCCUUUGGAGGGGCCAUCGGCCUCAUGUUCCUCAUGCUAGGAUGUGCCCUCCCUGUGUACGACAAAUACUGGCCGUUGUUCCUCCUCUUCUUCUACAUCCUCUCUCCCAUCCCUUACUGCAUCUCGCGGAGGGUGGUCGACGACACAGACUCGGCCAGCAACGCCUGCAAAGAGCUGGCCAUCUUCCUCACGACGGGCAUCGUCAUUUCAGCCUUCGGCCUGCCCAUCGUCUUCGCAAGAGCUGAAGUAAUCGCCUGGGGAGCGUGCGCGCUCGUGCUAACGGGUAACGUAGUCAUCUUCGCCACCAUCCUGGGCUUCUUCCUGGUCUUCGGAUCCAACGACGACUUCAGUUGGCAGCAGUGGUAAAACAGCAGAGGGAGGGGGACCUUAGUCUGAACUGUUUUUAUUAGCGUUACAAUUAUUAUUGGUAUUACUGUUUGGUUCUUGUUGUUGUUAUUUAUAUGAUGACCGCCCAUCCAUAGACUCACACCAAACCAGUGCAAUACUUUUUUUGUUUCUUUUGUUGGGUUUUUUUUUUUUUUUUUUUUUUUACCGCCUGCAUCAUACUGAAGUGACACGAGGUGGAUGGAAUAUGCUGACUUUCAGUUGGAUUUUUUCCUCAUUUGAACUUUCGCUCUCUGACUUUUCAUGUUGUGAGUUUUCUCCCAUCUGUGUUUUCAUUUUGAGUGUUGAAAGACGAAACCACUUGUGUUAUCUGUUUAAAAAAAAAAAAAAAAAAAUGUUUUAAAAAAAAAAUCCAAUUGAAUGUCUAAGAAGAUUCGAUCUGAUCUUAAAGGACGGUGUCAAGGUCGUCCGGCGUCCUUUUCUACCAUUUAGCAGAUACUCUGAAAAGAUGGAAAAAUAAUCUCUUUUCUAUGUAAGAACACAGAUGGGUGUCCAUUUCCAGUCUAAAUGCUGAGUCAAGUGGAAAUCAGCAAGAAAACUGAUAGAAAAAUCUGCACAAUAUGAGCUCGGAUUUCACCACUCACCAUGAGAAACAGCUGUUUCCAUUUGUCACGGGACAGAAACGGUCCUGUGUUGUGUUUUUGAUUUUUUUUUUGUCACAGCAAAAAGGUGAAAACUCAGCUGAUGGACUGCAGAUUUUUGUCCGCUUUCUGCUUGUUUAAUGUUACAACGCCUAAGCUGUGAACAAAUGAUCAGUGUGAGUGUGUGAGAGAGUGAGAGUGUGUGUGUGUGUGAAAGUGUCAGGCUGUUGCCACCAACCCCCCCCCCCCUCACACACACACAUAUUUCAAACCCUGUUUCAUGGGUUUUAAAUCAGUUGUCUUUUCUGCAAUGUGUCCUUUCUGUUUCUCAUCACACAAAAUAAGGAGAUGCUGUUCAGGAGCAGCGUGCGAGCGUUUGUUUUCUCUCCUGAACCUGCAGGAGAGGAUUCACACCGACACCCUGACCCGUCACCACAGAGAUCAAAUUAAACUGACUCGGUGGUUUCUCAGGUGGCAAAUGGAUGCAGGCUGCUUAUUCACCGUGUUCUUUUUUUUUUUUUUUUUUUUUUUUUUUUUUUUUUUUGCAUAUGAUAGCUCUUACCUCACUGUAAGUAUGGGUUAGACUUGCCUCGUCAGGUCAAGAGAGCAUGAAAAGCCUGCAGUAGCCGCCAGCUAGCGUAGGAUUAGCUUUGAGGACAGCAGCCUUGUUGGAAAAUGCGGCCAAGCUAAGACCUGGGCUACUUAUAUAACCGAGGCCUGUUCAAGACACUAACAGCCCUUAAGCUUUUAAACGUGACCCCUUCCAAGUAAAAGAAUCCAGCGAUUAUGGUGGGUGUUUAGUGUUACAUUUCCUCUCUAGAAGCACAUUCGGUCCACAUUUUGGCCAACAUGCCAUCGCAUUUCUUCACACCAGCAUUUCCAGGAUAAAAAAAAUAAUUUAUGUCCGGACUAUGUGAAGGAAAUUGUAGGUUGAUUUGUUGCAGCUCUUGGGGGAACGACGGGGGCCCUGCAGUCAGUUAGGUGCAGCUUUCCAGUCUGCUGUCAUGUUUAACUGCAUUAGCCGUAGCUAAACGAGGAAUUAAGCAUCUGCUGCCUCGUCGCUGCGCCGCCGUGUUGAAUGGAGGGUUGAGUGUUUCCUUUUUUGGAUGUUGAUUUUGUUGUUUGUUUGAUUUCUGUGGAAGCUCAGUUUGAAUAUGUGCUCUCUGGGAGAUGAAAAAUGUGUUGUUGAUGAUUUUAAAUGAAAGUAAUUGUAAUUUGUUUUAUUUUUGUCCCAUCAUUUCAUAGAUAACCUAUCGUAGUCCAGCCCAGAAUGCACUUCCACCAUGGGUUUCCACACACAGCAGAUUUCCAACACGUUUAAGCAGUGAUUCCCAACCUAUGAGCUGGGAUCCCCAAGGAGUCCUUAAGAUACAUCUGAAAGGUCACCAGAUGAUUUUAAUCUGAUAUUGGAUACUUUCACCCUCUCAGACCUCUAAAAAUCCACCAAAUAAGACAAAUCUGAGAAGGAAACAUCACUCUGUGGUCGAACUGUUGAACUCAUUUCCACAUUAUGGCCAUAACGCAACCUGUGAUGAGGAGUCUUAAGUAGACACUGGUUCAUUUUCAGAGGUCCCAGAGGAUGAAUCCUACUGACUUUGGUGAUCUCUUGACUUUUCCAUUGAUGCCAUUAGGCCAAAAUUUUAAUGGUUUAGCACUGCAGCUAAGGAUUAUAUUCAUUAUCACUUAAUCUGUUGUUUAUUUUCUUGAUUAAUCAGUUGUGUGAUCUAUAAAAUAUCAGAAAAUGGUGAAACAUGUCACCAAAAGCUCAAGAUGACAUCCUUAGAAUUUUUACUUUUUUCUAAAAAAAAAAAAAAAUGACUCCAAGGGAUCAAUAAAGUAUCAAAACAGUUGCUGAUUAAUUUAAUAGUUGAAAACUAAUUGAUUAACGGUCGCAGCUCUUAUCCUUUAGCCUCAGAUCUUUUCUUUAUAAAUUAUAUUAAAAAAACAAAAAAAAUCUGACGAGGGAACUCAUGGCUCACAAAGUAUUAACUGACAUCUGGGUUGUUGCACUACAAACGGUCACUAACACUCUGCAUGUCUCUGUUAUCCGUUAGCCGACUCCUCCAGAGAUCACAACCUCAGUGAAGGCGUUGAUUGUAUUAAAAGCACCAGAAUGACGGCAGCUUUUUAGCCUCAGUUGAAAACAUAUUUAAGCAAGCUAUUGUUCAAAACUACUGACAUGAUAUUUGCAUAUUAUUAUUAUUAUUAUGUAACACCACUUUGAAUCUAAGUGAACAUGCUCUUAACAGUAGAUGAACCCACUGGUGGUGAUCUGUAAGCCUGUUGUUUGACAAGCAGGGUAACUUCCAUAUUGUGUGAACGUCUGUACGACACUGUAUGUAUUUUAAGCUAAACACGUCAAAAUGUUUUCUGACUUUGUUUCGUAGUCCAAUGUUAUCUCCUCCUCUGGUGUGUAACUGUGGGAUGGGUUUUCCUCUGUGUUUCUGUUUUUAAGAGAGAGAUGUUAUGUUUUUUUUUUGUUUUUUUUUUUGCUCUUACAGAUCUGAGAGGAUGUUGUAUUUAUUUAUUUUAUAGGACGCUUCAUGUCAAAUGUCCCAACGCCAUUUUCUAUCUACAACUUUUGUGUUCAAGAGGCAGAAGUCAGCAUGGUGGGGUUUUCUUUUUUUUUUUUGUUGUUGUUUUUUUUAAAUAAACGCCAUUUUUGAACAUCC